CACCAUCACCCCCACCCCCAUCCUCACCUUCACCGCCACCACCUUCUUCGCGGCUGCCGCCUCCGCCAUUGCACAAAGACCAUUCUUCCCCUCCACGUAAACAAUUACUACCACCGCCACCUCCUCCUCAUGAGUGGUCUUCUUCUCCACCUUCACGAAGUGCACCUUCCAAUGAUUCAAUCUUAGGAACCUCUGACGAGUCAAAAAAACCAACGGGAUUAAGUUCAGGAUUAAACAACCAACCCAUGCAUAGUGGUAAUCAUUUCAAAGCGGAUUCAAAGGGUUCUUCAUCUGGUUCAUCUUCCGCUGAUAAUUCAGAAAAAUUAAUUGGCUAUACCCUCGUCGGGGUUUUUGCUGUUUCCUUAGUGGCUAUAGCAGUAGUUUUUGUUUUCAGUUUUAAGAGGAAAAAGUCAAAAGGGGAUGCCUAUGGUGCACCCUAUUUGCCACCUAAUUUUUAUGUUUCAGGUGCUGAUUGGCGUCACUAUGAACAACAGCCUUUCCCACAAUUUUCCCCUGCAAACAAUUAUGGAAAUGCAAAUGUAAGCACGAAGCAUGUAGGAGCUCCUUUAGACUCAGUACAGCCGAAGAGUGCUCAGAUAGUUUUUACUUAUGACAAGGUUAUGGAAAUAACCAAUGCAUUUUCUAGUCAAAAUGUGAUAGGGGAAGGAGGGUUUGGGUGUGUUUACAAAGGUUUGUUGCCAGAUGGAAAAGCAGUUGCAGUAAAGCAGCUUAAGGCUGGUAGUGGGCAGGGAGAUAGGGAAUUCACGGCUGAAGUUGAGAUUAUUAGCCGAGUUCAUCAUCGACAUUUGGUAUCAUUAGUUGGUUAUUGCAUAACUGAGCAGCAGAGAGUUCUCAUCUAUGAGUAUGUUCCUAAUAGAACACUCCAUCAUCACUUGCAUGGUAACGUGAGAAGUGGAAUGCCGACGUUAGACUGGCCCAAGAGGCUAAAGAUAGCGAUUGGUGCUGCAAAAGGUCUAGCAUAUCUGCAUGAGGAUUGCAGCCAAAAGAUUAUUCAUAGAGAUAUUAAGUCCGCUAACAUACUUUUGGAUGCUGCUUAUGAGGCAAAGGUUGCAGACUUUGGACUUGCAAGGCGAGCUGAUGCAGCUAAUACCCAUGUAUCAACUAGGGUUAUGGGGACCUUUGGGUACAUGGCUCCAGAAUAUGCAACAAGUGGAAAAUUAACGGAUAGAUCAGAUGUUUUCUCAUUUGGGGUUGUCCUCCUUGAGCUUGUAACAGGAAGGAAACCCGUUGAUCCAACUCAGCCUUUGGGAGACGAGAGUUUGGUUGAGUGGGCACGUCCACUUCUCCUUCGUGCAAUUGAGACACGUGAUUUUAGUGCACUGACAGACCCAAGACUCGAAAAACACUUUGUGGAGAGUGAAAUGUUCAGAAUGAUUGAGGCAGCUGCAGCUUGUGUUCGCCACUCAGCUCCCAAAAGGCCUCGAAUGGGUCAGGUGGUAAGAGCCUUAGAUAGUGGAGACGAAAUACCUGAUCUAUCUAAUGGGGUGAAAUAUGGUCAAAGCACGGUUUAUGAUUCUGGCCAAUAUGAUAAAGACAUUGGGCUAUUCAGGAGGAUGGCCAAUGGCAGCGUUGUUGAUUCUGAGUUUGAUAUGUAUAGUAGAGAAAGCAGUUUUUCAAGAGAUAUAUCAAGAGGUUCCCAACAUGCAGGGAUUUCAAGUAGUUCUAGUAACGAAUCAGAAUCUAUAGCUUUCAACAGGUGUAGGAACAGCACUGGAUGAGUACAGGGAUUGAGCCUUUGAGGGAAACCAUACAG